GUGGUGGGGUUCAUGGCUCUCUGGGCGCUCAGGACCUGUGGUCUGCGUCAAAUUUGGGGAAUCUUGUGUGGGGUUUGGACCCAGUUAGGGUUGGGGAAAGCGGCUGGAGACAGAAGUGAAGGCGUCAGGAUGCCAGGAUGGGCUUGGGGACAGGGAUGGAGAAAUAGCUUGGAUUGGGGUAGUAUAUGGAGAUGGACAUGGGUCGAGGAAUGUGGCUGGCAUCAGCGAUGAGGACCCCGGGACCCUAAGUGGCGACCAUGGGCAGACUGGGCUACUGGACCUUGCUGGUACUGCCGGCCCUUCUGGUCUGGUGCGGUCCGGCGCAGGACGCGGCGGCGGAGAAGGGUCCCCCAGCGCUGAACAUUGCGGUGCUGCUGGGUCACAGCCACGACGUGACGGAGCGCGAACUUCGAAAUCUGUGGGGCCCGGAGCAGGCAACAGGCUUGCCCCUGGACGUGAACGUGGUGGCGUUACUGAUGAACCGUACUGACCCUAAGAGCCUCAUCACGCAUGUGUGCGACCUCAUGUCCGGGGCUCGCAUCCAUGGCCUCGUGUUUGGAGACGACACCGACCAGGAGGCUGUGGCUCAGAUGCUGGAUUUUAUCUCCUCGCAGACUUUCAUCCCCAUCUUGGGCAUUCACGGGGGUGCAUCUAUGAUCAUGGCUGACAAGGAUCCGACAUCCACGUUCUUCCAGUUUGGAGCAUCUAUCCAGCAGCAAGCCACAGUUAUGCUGAAGAUCAUGCAGGAUUAUGACUGGCAUGUCUUCUCCCUGGUGACCACCAUCUUUCCUGGCUAUAGAGACUUCAUCAGCUUCAUCAAGACAACAGUGGACAACAGCUUUGUGGGCUGGGAUAUGCAGAAUGUGAUCACACUGGACACGUCCUUUGAGGAUGCCAAGACACAGGUCCAGCUGAAGAAGAUCCAUUCUUCUGUCAUCUUACUCUAUUGUUCCAAAGAUGAAGCUGUCCUCAUCCUGAGUGAGGCUCGCUCCCUUGGCCUCACCGGGUAUGAUUUCUUCUGGAUUGUCCCCAGUUUGGUCUCUGGGAACACAGAGCUCAUCCCCAAAGAGUUCCCAUCAGGACUUAUUUCAGUCUCCUAUGAUGACUGGGACUAUAGCCUGGAGGCAAGAGUGAGAGAUGGUCUUGGAAUCCUAACCACUGCCGCAUCUUCCAUGUUAGAGAAAUUCUCCUACAUUCCUGAGGCCAAGGCCAGCUGCUAUGGGCAGGUCGAGAAGCCAGAAUCCCCCCUUCACACUCUGCACCAAUUUAUGGUUAACGUGACGUGGGAUGGCAAAGACUUGUCCUUCACUGAGGAAGGCUAUCAGGUGCACCCCAGGCUUGUGGUGAUUGUGCUGAACAAGGACCGAGAGUGGGAAAAGGUGGGCAAGUGGGAGAAUCAGACCCUCAGCCUGAGGCAUGCUGUGUGGCCAAGGUACAAGUCCUUUUCUGACUGUGAGCCAGACGACAACCACCUGAGCAUUGUCACCCUGGAGGAAGCUCCCUUCGUCAUCGUCGAAGACAUAGACCCACUGACUGAGACCUGUGUAAGGAACACGGUGCCCUGUCGGAAGUUUGUCAAGAUCAACAACUCAACCAAUGAAGGGAUGAAUGUGAAGAAGUGCUGCAAGGGAUUCUGCAUUGACAUCCUGAAGAAGCUGUCCAGGACUGUGAAGUUCACCUAUGACCUCUACCUGGUGACCAAUGGGAAGCAUGGAAAAAAGGUUAACAAUGUGUGGAAUGGAAUGAUAGGUGAAGUGGUGUAUCAACGAGCAGUCAUGGCUGUGGGCUCACUCACCAUCAAUGAGGAGCGUUCUGAAGUGGUGGACUUCUCAGUGCCCUUUGUGGAGACAGGAAUCAGUGUUAUGGUCUCCAGGAGCAAUGGCACUGUCUCCCCUUCUGCUUUCCUUGAACCCUUCAGCGCCUCUGUCUGGGUGAUGAUGUUUGUGAUGCUGCUCAUUGUCUCUGCCAUUGCCGUCUUUGUUUUUGAAUACUUCAGUCCUGUUGGAUACAACAGAAACUUAGCCAAAGGGAAAGCUCCCCAUGGGCCUUCUUUUACCAUUGGAAAAGCUAUAUGGCUCCUCUGGGGCCUGGUCUUCAACAAUUCUGUGCCUGUUCAGAAUCCUAAAGGCACAACCAGCAAGAUCAUGGUGUCGGUGUGGGCCUUCUUUGCUGUCAUCUUUCUGGCCAGUUACACAGCUAACCUGGCUGCCUUCAUGAUCCAGGAGGAGUUUGUGGACCAAGUGACAGGCCUCAGUGACAAGAAGUUUCAGAGACCGCAUGACUAUUCCCCUCCUUUCCGAUUUGGGACAGUACCCAAUGGAAGUACAGAGAGGAAUAUUCGGAACAACUACCCCUAUAUGCACCAGUACAUGACCAAAUUCAACCAGAGGGGAGUUGAGGACGCCUUGGUCAGCCUGAAGACGGGGAAGUUGGACGCUUUCAUCUAUGAUGCAGCCGUCUUGAAUUACAAGGCUGGGAGGGAUGAAGGCUGCAAACUGGUGACCAUCGGGAGUGGGUACAUCUUUGCCACCACUGGCUACGGAAUCGCCCUCCAAAAGGGCUCACCCUGGAAGAGGCAGAUUGACCUGGCUCUACUCCAGUUUGUUGGUGAUGGUGAGAUGGAGGAGCUGGAGACACUGUGGCUGACAGGCAUCUGUCACAAUGAGAAGAACGAGGUGAUGAGCAGCCAGCUGGACAUCGAUAACAUGGCGGGCGUGUUCUACAUGCUGGCUGCCGCCAUGGCCCUCAGCCUGAUCACCUUCAUCUGGGAGCACCUCUUCUACUGGAAGCUGCGCUUCUGCUUCACUGGGGUGUGCUCUGACCGGCCUGGGCUGCUCUUCUCCAUCAGCAGGGGUAUCUACAGUUGCAUCCAUGGUGUGCACAUUGAAGAAAAGAAGAAGUCUCCAGACUUCAACCUGACAGGGUCACAGAGCAACAUGCUAAAGCUUCUUCGGUCAGCCAAAAACAUCUCCAACAUGUCCAAUGUGAACUCAUCAAGAAUGGACUCGCCCAAAAGAACUACUGACUUCAUUCAAAGAGGGUCACUUAUCGUGGACAUGGUUUCAGACAAGGGGAAUUUGAUAUACUCAGACAAUAGGUCCUUUCAAGGGAAGGACAGCAUAUUUGGGGACAAUAUGAAUGAACUCCAAACAUUUGUGGCCAACAGGCACAAGGAUAACCUCAGUAACUAUGUGUUUCAAGGACAGCACCCUCUCACUCUCAAUGAGUCCAACCCUAACACAGUGGAGGUGGCUGUCAGUACUGAAUCCAAAGGGAACUCCCGACCCCGGCAACUUUGGAAGAAAUCCAUGGAGUCUUUACGCCAGGAUUCUCUAAACCAGAACCCAGUCUCCCAGAGGGAUGAGAAGACUGCAGAGAAUAGGACUCACUCCCUAAAGAGUCCUAGGUACCUUCCAGAAGAGGUAGCCCACUCUGACAUUUCAGAAACCUCAAGCCGGGCCACAUGCCACAGGGAGCCAGAUAAUAAUAAGAACCACAAGACCAAGGAUAACUUCAAAAGGUCAAUGGCCUCUAAAUACCCCAAGGACUGUAGUGAGGUUGAACGUACCUACCUGAAAACCAAAGCGAGUUCUCCCAGGGAUAAGAUCUACACCAUUGAUGGUGAGAAGGAGCCCAGCUUCCACUUAGAGCCUCCACAGUUCACUGAGAACAUAGCCCUCCCUGAGAACGUGGGCUUCACAGAUACUUACCAAGACCACAGUGAGAACUUCCGAAAGGGGGAAUCCACUCUGCCCAUGAACAGGAACCCACUACACAAUGAAGACGGGCUUCCCAACAAUGACCAGUAUAAACUCUAUGCCAAGCACUUUACCUUGAAAGACAAGGGUUCCCCGCACAGUGAGGGCAGUGAUCGAUACAGGCAGAACUCCACACAUUGCAGAAGCUGCCUUUCAAACCUGCCCACCUACUCAGGCCACUUUACCAUGAGGUCUCCUUUCAAGUGUGAUGCCUGUCUGAGGAUGGGGAACCUCUAUGACAUUGAUGAAGACCAGAUGCUUCAGGAGACGGGUAACCCGGCGACACGGGACGAGGCCUACCAGCAGGACUGGUCACAGAACAAUGCCCUCCAGUUCCAGAAGAACAAGCUAAGGAUUAACCGACAGCACUCCUAUGAUAACAUUCUCGACAAACCCAGGGAAAUAGACCUUAGCAGGCCCUCCCGGAGCAUAAGCCUCAAGGACAGGGAACGGCUGUUGGAGGGCAACUUAUAUGGCAGCCUCUUCAGUGUCCCCUCAAGCAAACUCUUGGGGAACAAAAGCUCCCUUUUCCCCCAAGGUCUGGAGGACAGCAAGAGGAGCAAGUCUCUCUUGCCAGACCACACCUCCGAUAAUCCUUUUCUCCACACGUAUGGGGAUGACCAGCGCUUGGUUAUUGGGAGAUGUCCCUCGGACCCUUACAAACACUCAUUGCCAUCACAGGCAGUAAAUGACAGCUAUCUUCGGUCGUCCUUGAGGUCAACAGCAUCAUACUGCUCCAGGGACAGUCGGGGCCACAGUGAUGUGUACAUUUCAGAGCAUGUUAUGCCUUAUGCUGCAAAUAAGAAUAACAUGUACUCUACUCCCAGGGUUUUAAAUUCCUGCAGCAAUAGACGCGUGUACAAGAAAAUGCCUAGUAUCGAAUCUGAUGUCUAAAAUCUUCCACCAGUGUUUAUCUAUAAAGAAAUAUAUGGAAUGGCCAACAUUCUGGAGGGUAAAUGUUGGAUGUCUGAUAGGACCCUACUAGGAGAAAGAGGAUUUAAGGGAGGUACUUUUUUUUUGUUGGCUCUUUUGCACAUGGCUCCAUGCCAUAAUCUUCCACUCAAGGAAUCUUGUGAGGUAUGUGCUGAGAAUAGCACAUACCAGAUAGGUGAAUCCUUAACCAAAAACAAAUAAAUAAAUAUGGGCAGGUCUCCCAGACAUGGUGACUAGGUAUGGCGGCAAUAAUGGUGCAUCAGAUGGUGACAGUGUUAUUGUGAUUGCCUAUAUUCCAAAUUCCAUGAAGAUCAAUCCACCAUGUAACUUCCCCAUCAGAAAUGCCUCAGUUUCUCUAAUACAGAAUAAGCAAUAUGGUAUGCAUGUAAGUCUGACACAGACAAUAAGACAGUUAAGAAUGCAUCUGCACUGUAGUAAGAUUGACAUGUGCAAGGAUUAAGAAGUUUGGCUUGUAACAGUUCUCAGCUUUCUUGUUAUGCCUUCCAUUACAACCCUGGAUCAGCCCCCCAAAAUUCCAGGAUCCCCCCCCAAAGAAUAGCAAAUCAGUGUGUUUGUGGUACCUAUGCUACUUUCAUUGUAGUCUGCCCCCAAGACACACAUGGAACAAAUAGCCACAGGGACUCUCAGGUGGAGAGCUAUAAGAAUCUCUUUGGAUGUUAAUGUGUGUGUAUCUCUCACCCUCAGCUUCAAUGGUCUUGUUCGGAGCUGCAUAAACACAUUUAUGUCUUCGGUAUCUAAGUGUGGAUCUUCUGUCUGACAUAGUGGCCGUUGUAGUUUAUCUUGAAGACUCUUAUGUACGUAAGUUUGCAUUUUCUCCCUUCUGGUGAUGACUCAGGGUUGUAUAGUAUCUCUUACCCGAUCCCUCCCAGAGUAAUUGUAACUUGUUCUGUCCCCAAACAGCCAUGAUGAUGGUGUCUAAUUGGCUGUGUGUUGUGUUCCUAGAAUUGUUAAUGUAGUGACAUGUGCCAGCAGCCAUGCAUAAUCUGUAAGAAGGUCCAUGCCAUCUAUGUGCCCAAGGCUAGCAUGGUUUUACAUUGAUCUUCCCUAAUGUCAGGAAACUAUUAGACACUUAUUUCUAUAUAAACCUCCUCAAAUCAAAAGCCUACAGACAUUUAAACCACUUGUGCAUCUACCCUGAGCACUCUCCCAACUGUGGAUGAAUUCAGUAAGACAAGUGAUUUCUCUCCUCUGAAAUGUGUACCUUCUUAGAGGUACCACUUUUCCAACACCAACAGAAAUAGAUGAGAAGUCUUCAAUGCAUUUGUCAUUCCUGAGCAGCCCUUGUUGUCCUAUUCCUGGCCCACCAAGCCAAUGCAUAUAUGAUAGAACAUAUUCUUAUUAGUUUUAAAAAAUUGAAGACAAUGAAGGGAAUAUUCAUGCAUGGAAAAUUUCUUAGCACAUAAAUUUUUAACCACAUUUUUAAAAACAACCCCAAAGUAGUUAUGAUACUUUAUUAGACAAGGACAUAUCACAAAGCAGAAAAUAAUAUGAAUUAAACAUUUUAUAUGGUUCCUUUUAUCAAUUCGUAUAUUUUCAUUGCAUUAUUGUCUUUGAAAUAGCUGGGCUAGCUGACCAUGGUAUUUUGCAUGAGACUUUAGUAACUUUCGCUCCCAUGAAGGAAUCUAACCAUUUCCUGUUUUUUCUUUUCCUGAAUUUGGGGUCAGGUUGUUGGAGAAAGGGACAGCACUGAAGGUUUGAAUUUCAUCCCGUUUCUUUUCCUCAGGGACAUUCUGUUUUGUAGUUGGGAUUCUCCUGCAGUUGAGCAGAAGGCAGGGAAGUUUCUCUUAGAUCUCUGGGAUGCUUCGGAUGAAGCUAGUAGUAGAAAUGUUCAUUUCACUACAGUAUUGUAUAAUUACAAAAGAGUAAUGCAAGUGCCAGUGAUAGAGUUGCAGAGGGAGAUGGGGAUGGAGCCUCUUUCCUCCUGUCUUUAGAACAUAGAUGGCGCUGAGGCAGUGCUAGAGGUAGAUAAACUUUAAAGCCACAUUUUAUCCCUUGGACCUAGCAUUCUUUUCUUUCCUAAGUCCCAGAGAUGGAGAAAUCUGCACUAGAGAACCUAGAACAGUAUCCUAGAUUUCUGAUCUUAAAUUUAGGCUUUAGUGUCUGUAGUAUCUUUUACCUCCUUCACUUUGUUUCCCCCAUUGCAUUUCCAACCUGUAUUCCUCCUGCUGAGACCACUGUUGUAUCCUCACAGAAGUGAAUUUUAAGUCUCCCUAGAAUACAGAGCAGUGGCUUUCCAUAAAUCCAAAGAGCUUUCUGCUUUCCUGCUUUGCCCUCAAAGCCUAGCGUGCUAUUGAAUGCCCCACAAUCCAAUGAGAGUACAAUUUACACUCCUACCACUUCAUCAAAACCUUUUCUAGAAAAUCCGGAGAUAAUUUCUGCUAUUAACUCCAUACAAAUGAAAUUCAAAUGAGGCUUUUGGAAGAAUCAAUCACAUAAUGAGAAAGAAUGCAUUUGUUUUAACACCAAGAUAUUUACAAAAAUAAAUCAUUGGUAGUUAGGGGCUGUGUGGUAAGCAUUUAUUGUUUUCUCCUCCACUAAAAUUCACUGAUUCUUGCAUAUAAUGAUUUCAAAGAAGAAAAGAGAUGGUCAGUUUACAAAUGAAAGAUAAUCAUGUGGACUUGUUUGAAGGCAAUCCAAGAGAGUGCCAUCCUUUGGGAAAUUAAUACCAGGACUGGCAAAUGUGCAGGAGGAGUUGAUGAGGACUGGGCAGGAAGCCCUGGACUGUGUAUCAGUUAGAGGGUUCCUGUGCUAAACCUAAGUUCCAAGUCUUUAGACUCACAAAUGCUAAGAAGCCAGUGUCUCUAAAGCCAAAGACUCGACCUUUCCCUAGAGUAAGUCAGGGCAGCUGUCCACCGGCUGCAGUCUUCUCAGCAGCUCUGAUUGUUCCUCCCAUUUUGGAAAGGAUCAAACUGGUCCUCCGAUAGAAAUACUUGAACACCAAUAGUCACUCUUCUGUCCUUGCACAUGAACUGAUUUAAAUACCCUGCAUAAAAGAAGUUCCCAAGGUACUCCACCCCGCCCUCCCCAACAUCAGUGCUCUGGGAAAUAGUUCCACCAUCCUUACACCUGUGGAUAUAGCUUAGGCCACUUCUGGUGUCAAUGCUGCAAGAAGGCAAGUUUGCACAGACCUGUCUUCUUGUCAGUAAGACCUGCAUGUGGCUCCAGGGAUGAUAAACUCCCCACUGGUGAUGGCUCUGUCCUCAGCAUUAUUUUAUCAAGCUAAAUAGUAACUAUCUUAUGCCAUGCUCUGGUUUUCACUCCCUGCCUCAAAGGAUACUUGAGAAGACUUUAUAGUUAACGUUUUGGUGGAAGCAUUAAAAUCUAUCCAUUUCAGCAAAAAUUGUCAAAUCAAUUCACACUUAUUUUCUGGGGAGAGAAAAAGAGAAUUACACCGUGUUUACAAAUGAAAUAGUUUCAUUUAAAUGGGACUUUAGCCAAGACAGUUAAUUAGUCAAAAGAUCCAUAGUAGUCACACAGUCUCACGUUGCUUAUUCUGGUUGAUGUGCCUACUGCUGAUGUGUAUUUAAUAUUCUUCAUCCUUCUCAGGAAAUGACAAAUUCCCUGAAUUCUUUGCAAAUAGAAUUGCUAAUGAAAAAGGAAGCUGGUGUUAAUUAAAUGAUGAUUAAAAAUUUAUCUCCCUUAAACCUAAAAAGUGCAGCUUUAAUAAUUGCUUGUCAUAUAAAUAACUUCCUUGCUCUGAAGUCCCUUAUGGUUUAAGACGUAAAUAAAUACUAAUAAUACUAAUGCUAGAACCUGAAAUCUCUUUCAGAGGAGCUGAAUGUACCCAUUAACAUGAUGCACAUUUCUGUACUGUUUCUUUGUGUGGAGCUGUUGUGUGUGAAUACUUAAGCAGAAAAUCGUAAGCUGUUUGAAGCUGGAGCUGUUUGGCACUAACCUCGGCUUUGACUGCACCUUAAGAAAUAUAAUUUAAGGAGGAGGAAGCCAAAUUUAUUAGUCAAUAUUUAAUAGUAAUUCAAGGUCUAAAUAAAGGAGAACUGGGACUGGAAAGAUGGCUCAGUGGUUAAGAACCCUGGCUACUCUUCCAGAGGACCCAGGUUAAAUUCCCAAUAUCCACAUGGCAGCUUACAACUGUCUAUAACCCCAGCUCCAGAGAAUCUGGCACCCUCAUACAGGCAUGCAUGCAGGAAAAAUACCAAUCCAUAUAAAAAUAAAUAAAUCUUUAAAAUAAUGAAAGAAAGAAAGAAAAGAAAAGAAAAAAAAAAGAAAAGAGAAAAGAAAAGGAAAGGAAAGGAAAGAAAAGAGACCAUCCUUUCAAAAGCAUUGUUCAUUUACAUUUGAGCCAAAACUUGGUCAGUCUGUGCACCCUCCCUCUUCUUUUGGUUAAAUAGGAUCAAAAGCACUCAUUGGACAUUUGGGGGUCUCUACUUGAAAAGUUUUUCCAAUGCAUAGUUGCCCUUUUUCAGUCAGCCAUUUUCUUAAGUACUGUGUUCAUCUCUAACUGUCUCUGAUGAGGUCAGCUUGAUUCAGAUCAGAGAUGAUCAAAUGCACUUCUGUGAAUACAGUUGCUCAUGUACACAUGUAUAUAUUAUACAUGCUUGAUUUCUACAAUUCACACUUAAAUGUAUUAUCCAAACAGACCUGUACAUAUUGUAAAGUUUAUGUUAAAACUUAAAUGGUGGUGGUGAUGUGAACACACAGAAAACCCAUUCUGAUUAUUUUGAUAGGAGGGUAUUUGUGUAGAGAAGGCAUUAUAUUUUUUUAAAUAUCAGUUCUAGGGAGGAUGACAGGGCUCAAGGGAAUUUGAGCAUCGAUGCUCUUUGCCCCUCAAAGGACAAAAUUAUGGGGUGAGGAGUGUGCCAUAUAUGCUGCUUACAUUCACUUUUGAAUAUGAUGCUGGUGUGGACUUACGCGUGAUGUUUGUAAACUCAUCAAAAGACAUAGAUUUUAUAUUUACAUUUCUUCUCUCUCUUGGCUUAUUCUGUGCCUAAAAGUGCUAUCAGCAUAGAAGAAGUACAAGGUGCCUGUCCAGAAGGGCCUUAGAUUAAAUGGAUUUUGUGGAAUGACACCAGGAUUUUGGGGGAAAGGGAACAAGUGACACGUGACAAGUGACAGUAAUAUCUCUAAGAUAAGUCAGAAAGCAUUGGAGCUGGGAUGGACUCUGUGUUCUGAUUCCUGGCUUGGUAUCCUUACCAGCUGACAUAUCUGUACGUUUCUUUUAGGAAGAUGCACCCCACGAGUUCCUUGGGAAUAAGAGCCAGAGAAAGUCACAAACCUGACCUGACUUUCUCUGCCUCUUGCUUCUUUUGCAGACCCAAGCAUGACUCUUUAAAUUUGGUUUUCCUUUAGGCUCCUUUGCCAUCCCUCACUCUCUCAGGAUCCUGAAGAAGACAGGAUCUUUCUUCUGGGGCCUAUCCUCUAGAUAAGAUCCACAAAGGAUAUAGUUUAAAGCUUCAAACCAAAGAUGAAGGCUGGCAGCUUUCAUAGUCACCAGUGACCGUGCUCUGCUGUUGAACAAAUCACAACAAUUGGCAGGAACUACUAGACAAGGUGACAGUUUACUCUAAAGUCCAGCUUGGGACUAAGGGGCUGCAAAUGGGCUGAAAGGCAGACUCUCUUCCUGUAGGCAGUCCAUGGUUUAGUAGGUGAAUUCCAAAGUCCAAAAGAUAAGCAAGGACCAGAAACUAGAAACAGAUUAAAUGGUGAAAAUUAGAAACAGAAAAGAAUACUGUUGUAAGAAAAACAAUUAAUUGAUACUGUAAACAAACAUUUUUUAAAAGUCUUUUCCUGAGUUUUAAGGAACUUUGGAGAACACAGCUGGUGUCACUGGAAAUGGCCUUGAUUUAUUUGAACCUUCUGAGAAGAUGAGGGGGGAAACAUAGGAACAGCUAAACAGGGGGAAUAAAAAAACAUCCUUCCAUAUAUUUUUUUGCACAAGUAGUCUUGAGUCUGGCUCCAAACAGUCCUGCAUGGUUUACCAAAUCAUGCCUCAAAUGCUUCAAAAGCAUUGAAAAAUCCUGCAAAGCAUUGGAAAAUAGACCAUGAUGUAAUAAAGAAAAUGGGAAUUGUUUAGAAAGUUUUCCUGGUUGGGCAUUUAUGGCUUGUAAAGGCUUCUAAUAGUUCAGGAUAUGGAUGCAUCAGGGGAGAGAGAAACGAAUGUGCUUUGUAGAGUUCCAAGUGACUACUGUAAUGGGUGAUAAAAGGAAGUGUCAGGUUCCCUAGUGAAAAAAGAGGGCAACGAUGUAUGGAGAGAAGGGAACCCAGGUGUGUGUCUGGAAGGAUGGAGGGCUAGAGAUGGUGUGGAAGGUGCUUUCAUACUGCGUGUACUAGUCUAUGCGGAUGAGAAUGUUAUAGUUUCUGCUUAUCACAAGUAUGCACCACAGGUCAGCAUCUGAAUCUGGAAAUAUACAACUGUGUCUAGACUGAAUAGAGUUUAAUCAGAACUUAAGUAUGAUUGCUCCCACUUUGAAGAGAAGGAAACCGAGGCUAAGACUUUUCUUUGCCUCACCAGCAACAAGGACUAGCUGACUCAUGUCAGACAUGCCUUAGAAAUGUCUGCUCUCUCCCAGGGAGGUCAGAGUAGAAGCAGAAAGAAAUUUGCUAAUUUGAAGUUCCCAGAAUUCUCCCUAAGUGUCCCACACAGGCUGCCUGGUUGGAGUGUACGGGGAACUCCUGUGAAUCUCUUCUCUGUUCACAGUCCCUUCCAAGACUGGAACGCUGUUCUUGCCUCUCCUCCUCCCUGUGCUUGCACUCAGCAUUAACUUUUUUUUAAAAUUUUGCUUUAGAAACUUACCUUCUCUAAUUAGCAUGUGCCUAAUCUCUUUCCCGAUUUCCUUUCUUCUUUAACAGUUGGCAUCAGGGCUGGUACCAUUAACCAUAUGUACAUAGUAUGCUCUCACAGGUGUGUUGACCCAAUCACACAUGUACACGUGCACACACUGCCUCGUGGUCCUCAGUCAAAGCUCUCUUAAACACCAUGACCCCUUUCUGAACAGGAUGCUAUUUGCAGAUGCUCUUAUCGUCUUAUUCAUCUGCAUUAGUUUCUCUUUGCCAGGCAUACGGAAUGAGGUUCAGAGGUAGGGCAGGGAAUGGGGAAGAGUUUUGCUUAAAUGAUUGAGUGCUUUAGUCAGGGUGAUUGAGGGCCAGCUAUUAAAAUGCCGUUGUUGUUGUUUUCUUUCUUCGUCUGUUUCUUUUGUUAAAUUGCCUUAGAGAUGCACUCCUGGUCAUUAGUAUCAGGGUAAUUGUUGACGCACCGACAUUUGUUAACUUUAUCCCAAGGAAGAGUGUUGAAUUGGGAUGCUUCCACAGCACUUUAUAGGAGCUGAGCACGACAUGGUGUCUAACAUGUCAUGCAGGUGAUGCUCCAGGCACGCAAAUGUCACCUGUGAAUCCCCUCCCACCCAUGUUCUAAACCACGUUUCUUUUCUGGCAUUUAUAUUAACCGUGAGGCAGGACACACUCGGCCCAUUUUUAUAGAUGAGAAGAUUGAGCUGAGACCACAGAAAAGUUGUUUGGGGAGGCUCUGGAGCUACAUUUUCAUAGAAAAUGCAAUCAUUGCUCCAAAUGUUUCUGGGGAGUCUUCAAACACAGUAAAAAUGCCCUUAGUUUGAUUUCUGAGAAUAAUUCUCCAGGUAUUGUCAUCCAUCAAGCUGACAGUCAAGAACCUCUUGAUACAGAGGUUAUUGGGGUGAGGGACACAGUGUAAUCAGUAGUGUUUGCACAACAUGCACAUGGCCUGGCUUCCAUCCCAAGCCCUGUAAGCAGGAACUGGGUGUGGUGGCAUGUGCCUGUGAUCCCGGCACUCAGGAGGCAGAGGCAGGAGGAUCAUGAGUUUCAGAAAUAUACCCAGGCUACAAUAGGUUAGAGGGCAACCUGGCCUUCAAGAGACCCAGUCUCAAAACCUAAAACAAAACUACAGAGGUUAGUAUUGUUUAAUAGCUGUUCUGAGACCAUGUGUUUCUGCAAGAGAUGAGGAAGCUCUCCCAGGGAUGUUGAGUUAUGCAGAAAGUGGAGUGCCUCAAACACUAGGGCCAAGAGCUUCACCUCUGUGGAGCUGUAUUUCAAAGCACACAAUUCUCCAGCAAACCAGAACCAAACUAUUGAAGAUGGAAUCAUUUCUCAGAUUAACUUCACAAAUAAGGCAUCAGCAGACUUCAGGAAGAAACAAUCAUCACUCACCAGUCCCUGUUAGGUAUUAUAUCAGCAAAGCAAUGAGUGUGCGAUUUUACAGGUCUAUCCCAUUUCUCAUCAUCAGUAGCCCUGGGUCAUAGCCUCUUCCAUUUAAUUCUCUUUCACACCUUUGGGAAGGAUUUAAAAUGAACCUUCAAAAGGAAAUUAGCAUAACAUAUAGCCAAUACCACAGAUGCCUUUUAAAUUAAUAAGGUUAAUUGUUCUUCAGCUAGCAUAAGUUUGUCUUUGGCAUUUUCAAUAUUUCUCAUUGAUCUGACAUUUUGCUGUUUCAAGCUUUUAAAGGGCUCAAAUCAAAGACUAUUGAUAAUGAGCAAAUAGUGAUGGUCCAGAAAUGUAAAAAUACGUUGUCUGUUUUUUUCAUGAGAAACAAUCACAGACUUAUGAAUUCAUUGGAGGUUUUUACAUUAGCCAUGUAUGAUAUAUGGAAUUGUUUUUCCUCCUGGUCAGGCUAAUUCAAAUGAAGAAACAAUGUUGACUUUUAAAACCUAUUUUCCUUUAAAAGUAUCUUAAAUGUAUUAAGUUUGUAGACACAGCUCGGGGGCCAUGAUCAUCAGGAAAGUAUUCCAUGUCAGAAGCAGAAGACUCAGCCAUGAUUUGGGCCCAUCUGAGUUAUCUUUGAAAGUCUGAUGGAUUUAGGUAGAUCAAACUGACAUUUUCUCACAUUCAUGUUACCCUGUAUUUUUCAUUGGAAAGGAUGUAGAUGAAUAAUUUUCCCCUGAUAAGAAGUUUAAGAGCAUAUCCUUACCAAAUUAAUAGGUAGAAUUCAUCAUAGUUAAUAUGGCACUGGAAUGUUUGUGUGUAUGUUCUUAUAUAUUUUGAGCUGAAUAUCAGAAAGAAUUAGGCAAGUUAAUUGGUGACUUGAACAAGAAAUGGGUCAUAAAAGUCAUAAAUAGUAUUCUUCACAGACAGUAAAGGAGCAUAAACUAUUCAUUUUCCAGUCAUGCUGUAAGACUUGCAUAAUGUACAAGCUACCCAUUGCCCACAGGAGACUUACUGAAUUAAAGAGCUUAUCCAUAAAGGGUUUUCAUAUGAGUCCAUCUUUAACCCAGUGUGAAUGGGACUGAACUCAUAUGCAGAGGGUUUCCACCCACAGCUACAUUAAACACCAUCUAAAACUCACAUCAGCACUGGCUUGAUGUUUGUAUGGUGGAUACAGAGAUAGCUGUGUGCUCCAUCAGUGGUCCUCGUUUGGGAGUAGAUCUUCACCUACAAGUCACAGCAGUUUAUACUGUCAUGUUCUGAUCGCUGCAUGAGGAAGUGCUAAUAACUGUAUUAACUAUCUCCAAGCAUAGUACAAAACCACACGUUUGCUUAACACCCUUCGAUGAUAGAGGAAGUAUAUACUAUGGUUGUCUUCUUGUAGUAUGUCUUUUUAAUUUUGUUCAAUGUGUUAACUGUUUUAAGGAAUGGGAUUUGACAUGUGUGUGCAAACUGAUAUGUACAUAACUCCCGGGGCAAUGCAAGUGCCCCAUCAUACAGUGUAAAAAUGUAAAUAGAGGAAAUUUCAUUUUUCUAAUAAAGAUAAUUUCUGCCAAUUGAUAUGAAAAUGAGAAAUGGAA